AUGGCGCCAAAUAUGAUGAAAGCUGCUCUUUGCAAAGAGCCUGGCCAACCCCUCGUCGUCGAGGAAGUCCCAGUCCCAACACCAACAGGCCGCAACGUCCUAGUGAAAGUCCAAGUCGCAUCGCUCUGUCACUCAGAUCUCCUCAUCACCUCCCCCAAAGGUAGUCUCACAACCCUUCCCCAAAUUAUCGGCCACGAGGCUAUCUCCGUCGUCGAGGCUCUGGGUCCCGAUGCGGCACCCUUUGGUAUCAAACCGGGUGACAGAAUCGGCGCCCCACUAUGGCAAGAUAUGUGUCUCGAGUGUUGGGAAUGCAAGAAUAUCGGGCCUCAGUAUUGUCCCAAGAUUACCAUGAAGGGGGUUAGUAGUGCUGGGUACUUCGCCGAAUAUGCCCUCGUGGACGCAGCCACGGCGGUGGUGAUCCCGAGCCUAGAGGGCAGUGCCGAUGUCUCCCCAGCGCAGUUAGCGCCAAUUUUCUGUGCGGGAAUUACAGUCUGGGAUGCACUGGAGCGCGCGCAGAUUAGUCCGGGAGAGACCGUUGCUAUUGUUGGUGUUGGUGGGCUCGGCGAGAUUGCAACCAAGUAUGCACAUGCAUUGGGGGCGAAGGUCUUGGGGUUGGAUGUCCAUGAUGGGCAGUUAGAAAGUGUUAAGCAGGGUGGGAGUGCUGAUGGGAUAUUGAAUACACGAGAGCUACAGCCUCAGGAUGUUAAGGCACGCAUCGCAGCCAUGAACCACGGAAGGAUGGUUGACGCUGUGGUUGUCACGUCCGGUUCGGUUGCGGCAUAUCAAACUGCCAUUUCGAUUUUGAGGUCUGAUGGACGACUGAUGGUGGUUGGAAUACCUCAUGAGCCCAUGUCACUCAAUCUGGGCAUGGUCGCUCUUCAGUCAUUCAGGAUCAUUGGAGCCAAAGUCGCUGGACCCAUGGGCGCCACACGAUGCCUGGAAUUUUCGCUGAGAAAGGGAAUCUACCCCAAGAUUAACCCGAGAAAAUUCCAGCUAGAGGAUAUCAAUGAGAUGAUGGCGAUGAUGCAGGCCGGGAAGGUGCACGAGGGGAGAAUGACUGUGCAAUUCUUCUAA